GGCGGACUGACAGUGAAGAUGAGAGCUGUCUGGGAUCAAUGUUUUCCCUUCAGCGGUGCAGGGGUUUGUGAGCACUUGGCGUGUGCUGAUCUCGGGACCGGUGCCUUGACCUUGAAGGAGGUGGGAAAGGGAGGCCCGCAGAAGAGUGCGAGGAGCUAACCAGUGAUGGCUGACUGUCUGCUCCCUGCCCUGCUGGAAGCCUGCGUGGUGGUCGGGGCAUCUAGUGACAAACUCCAGGAAGUCUCGAGGAAGGCCGUCAACAGCGAUGCAGCUCGAGAACACUUGUCGCUGGAGCCGGAGGUGCUUCAUGUCCUGUUGCCUCCCUUCGUGAGGUCAUGUGGGAAGCGGCGGUUUCACAGGAAGAAGAGGGAACAAUGCGCUUCAGCUGCAGCUACACCCAGCCAAGGUGGAGGUGCAGCAGUGGGAAGAGGAGAAACUGAAGAUGUCAGUGUACCUGAAGACAUUGACCUCAGUGCUUUACCUCAGCUCUGCUUCCCUGGUGGUCUGCAAAUAACCAGCGAACAGACAGACGAACAGUUCCACUUCCUGGUUUUCACCAACGUCUUCGGGAAGAAGACGCACGGAGUAGUAAUGCAGUGUUGCCGUCCGAUACCGGACAUGUCGUCUUCCUACGAGAAUGGAGUCGUGUCCUCCAAGUUUUCCAAACUCUUCUGUGCUUAUAGCUUCUGCGUCAUAUCCAAGUAUCCUUAUUUCACUGCCCUCAAAGACUGCCUGUCAUGUCUUUUAAUUCAGCUGAGAACGUGUCGGUUGUCAGACAUGGAGGAGAGAGUGAAGGAGUUUGUAGCCAAACUGACUGUUGUUCCCAUUCCACCUCCUGGACAACUACAUGUGAUGUUUACGUUACGUCCUCUGACCAUCAUGUUACCCUCUGGAGAAGACAAGGACCACCCAGCUAUAGAUUUAGACCUCCAUCUUCCUUUCCUGUGCUUCAGGCCUCAGGAGCUGCUUCGGACUCUGUCUUUUCUCCUGCAGGAACAGCGGAUUGUGUUAUUUUCCGAUGACUGGGCCAGACUCACACUGGUGGCAGAGUGCUUGUUGCUUUUUCUGCAGCCUCUGUCGUGGAAGCAUCCUUAUGUUCCUGUCCUGGCCAGAGGCAUGCUGGACUUCCUGAUGGCUCCCACAGCCUUUCUCAUGGGCUGCCAUCUCAGCCAUUAUGAAGAGGUUGCUGUUGAAACAGAUGAUCUGAUCAUGAUUAAUAUCGAUAAUGGAAGUGUCUCCACGUCUUCCUCCGAUACAGUUGACCUUCCCGACAUCCCUCCAGCUGCUGCAGAGUGCUUCACACAGAGGUGUCAGUCCCUUCGGGUCCAUUUUGACUUGGAUCAGUGUCGCCAUGCAAACUGCUCCGACAUCAAUGAACACCGGGCACAGAGGAGAGCGUGGCAACGCAACCUCAACCACGACAUCCAGAGGAUUACACUGGAACUAGUUGUCAACAUAUUCAGGGACGUUAGCAGCCAUCUGAACUAUGAACAUCGAGUGUUUCACAGUGAAGAAUUCCUCAAAACCAGAGAGCCAGCCGAGCAACACUUCUACAAGAACGUGUUGGACACGCACAUCUUCCAUUUCUUCCUCAAGGAUCGCCUCAACAGGAAAAUGGAUAACUUUGCCCGAAUGGAGCUGAGCACUCGUUCUGAGAUACAGAAAAUGAAGGCCACGGUUGACAUCCCACGCAGACCCACCAUGCAGGAGAUUCAAGUCAGGAGAAAGAGCUCCACCACAGAGGUCAGGCUGAGCAUGAGACUCGGGAUGAGCCUCCCUAACUUGGGCGACGACCAGACUAUCAGCAUCAUAAGAAACAAUAGUCUCACCAGGAUCAUCACGUCUGACGCUGCACUGAAAGCGUCUCCUGGGCCUGUGACGGUGUUCAAACUCCCAGACUUCCCAGCAUCUCUGUCCUUCCACUCCGUCCAAAAUUAUUACAGUGAGCUCAUCCAGCAACUCGGAAAAGCUAUUUUCUCUGUGCAAAAAGACAACUCUACGCUUCUGGCCAGAUACUAUUACCUGCGUGGGUUCAUCAACAUGUUGUGUUCUCGGCGGCUCGAUGCUUUGAGCGAUUUCCAGAGCCUCUACAAGACAGACACCGCAAUCUUCCCCACGCACUUGGUGACGUGGCUCGUCGACUCACUGCACCGAGAUGAGACACAGCAAGCCCACAGGCGUCCUGAACUCAGGAGACUCAUCCUCAAGGUAAAGACAGAUAACGAGAAGCCUCUGGUGCAGCCUAACGACCACGUCAAGAAGUUUAAACUUCCCCGCGAAAAUCUGGAUCAGGAUGAGUUUGUGCGCUGCGUUCAAGAGUGCGGGAUCGUUAAAGAUGUGGCAACCAUACGCCGCUUAUUUUAUGCUCUCACUGACGGCCAGCCAGAGCACGUGGACCCUGAGCUCUUCAGAGACUUCUACACCUUCUGGAAGACCAGAGAGGCCGAAGCACAAGACGUGAACCAGCCCUCUGAAGUCAUUGACUAUCUUGACAAUAGUGAAUGUGUCUACAAGUUGUCGUCAUGCGUGAAGACCUCCCAUGGUGUUGGUAAAAUUGCCAUGACGCAGAAACGUCUGUUUUUGCUCACCGAGGGUCGUCCCGGCCUUGUGGAAAUCGCAAAGUUCAGAGACAUACAGGAGGUGAAGAUUGCCUUAGCCCCUUUUCUACUUGUUCGCGUUCCUUCCCUUCGUAUCCUGACCUCCGACAGGCCUGAGGCUUUCGAGGCCAACUUGAAGACAGAGACUGAGCUCUGGAACCUUGUGGUUAGAGAGAUGUGGGCUGGACGGAAGCUGGCAGGUCAACAUAAGGAUCCUCAGUACAUGACUCAGGCUCUGACCAAUGUCCUCUUAAUGGAUGCUGUCGUGAGCUGCCAUCCCAGGUCCAUCACUGCUGCGUCAAAGCUGGCUUACUUUGAUAAGAUCAAACACGAAGUGCCUAUGAUCGUUCCCAAAACUACCUCAGAGACUCUUAAACACAAGAUCAACCCGUCACUGGACCUGGCUGAACCUCAGGCUGUGCAUGUGCUGCUAUACACUCCAGGUCAGUUGACUUGCAGUAAGUCGGAGAGUGAGACGACGCCAAAGCUGUGGGUGGCUCUCAGUGGGGGGAAGGUGGUUGUGUUUGAUGCUGCUAGCUGGUCCAUGCUGCAGGACUGCAUUCAGCUGGGAGAGUCGCAACUGAACUGCAUGAUGGGAUUAGUCCAGGGGCAGGUGUGGGUCGGCUCUCAGGACUCUGUCAUCUACAUCAUCGACACUUGCAGCAUGUCCUGCAACAAACAGCUGACUGAACACAGGCAUGAAGUGACCGGCCUCUCAGCGGACACCAGAGACCAACACAACAGUCAGCAGACGUACUCCUGCAGCUGUGACGGCACAAUCCUCCAAUGGGACUCCUCUAGUCUUAAAGUGAAGCGACAGUCCCACCUUAAAUGUAGCCGUCUGUGCUCCAUACAGAUUCACGAUGGCUAUCUGUGGUGCUGCUGUGGUGACAGCAUUGUGGAACUGAAAAAAACUGGGACACCGCACAGAAGGCUAGAGCUUCCUGACGGCCUCCGGGACAUGCCCAGCGUCUUCAGCUGCUUCAUCGUCAUCCCAGAGCGGGGGCAGUUGUGGACAGGCUGUGCAGAAUCGUCAGAGUUGUGCCUGUGGCACAUAGAGAACCUCAGACGCCCUUACAAAAGGAUCGCGCUGCCAAGCAGUUCAGGAGUCACCUGCAUGAUUCGGGUCAAAGAUCAGAUCUGGGCGGGCUGCCGUGGAUGGAGCAGCGUUGGUGGUCAGUGUGACGGUCAGCUGAGAAGCCAGGUGGUGGUGGUGGACCCAGAGAGACACACAGUGGCAAAGGAGCUGCAGGCCCAUUCAGACAGCAUCCAGACACUCUGCUCUGCCGAGGAUCGCUACGUCAUGAGCGGCUCCGCACGACGUGACGGCAAGAUUGCCAUCUGGAACGUCCAGCAGGAAGCAGAGACGGAGGAAGCAGGGGAAUGAAAAGAGGUGAGGCAAGAGGGGGCUGGAGCACAAGGGCAGAAGAAGGAAAGGAGGUACUCGUGAGUACGAAGACAAGACCUGACUAAGGUUUUCCAUUUGGGAAUUUGCUCGAUUGUGACAGAAACAUAAUUCUGUCAAGUAUUCAGGGUGACAAGAGGACGAAGUGUCUGUAGGUCCAUAGACAUUUUCACAUUUGUAACAAUAUUUCUGUGGUAACUGAAUUCUUUCAGGAGUAAAAAUCCCUUCAAACGUUAUGUGAAAAGUAGUUCAAAAUCAAAAUGCCUUAGAGAUUUAAGUCAUUUUUAUUGAUGAAAAGUAAUAAAUACCAUUUUCUGGUGUUUUCAUGUUUAUUCUGCAUGUGAGCCUUGUAUGUUUUCUUACCUUCUUGUUGCUAAAAAUAUGCUGCAUUCCUUUUACACCCUUUUCCUGGUUGUGAGUUCAGCCACUGUUAAAAAUAACUUUCGUUUCAUUUAAUAAUGCAGUCGUUGACCUUGUUCCACUUGUUCAUGUGCAGAUUAUUAUUUAUUUAUUCUUCUGAAGCAAUCAAAACACUCUGUGAAGAGUCUUAUUGCACACUCUGUACAUUUGUGUAUCAAAUAAAUUGCGAAACCUCUACAUGUUAAACCUUCA